CAGGGCCGCUCCGUCCCCCGCUUCCGGCCGCGCCUCGCUGCCCCGGGAGCGGCUCCUGCCGCUUACGCAGUUUCCAUGGGGACUGAAGAUGGCGCCGCGAGGUGAGACCCCGGAGGUAAACGCUUGUCCUCCACGACUCUGGAAAUCCUGUUCUUUCUAAAUGGCUGGUAUUAUGCUACCUAUUUUCUGCUGGAACUCUUCAUAUUUCUUUAUAAAGGUCUCCUAUUACCAUAUCCAACAGCCAACCUAGUACUGGAUGUGGUGAUGCUCCUUGUUUAUCUUGGAAUUGAAGUUAUUCGGCUGUUUUUUGGUACAAAGGGAAACCUCUGCCAACGAAAGAUGCCACUUGGUAUUAGCGUGGCCUUGACUUUCCCAUCAGCCACGAUGGCCUCCUAUUACCUGCUGCUGCAGACCUAUGUGCUCCGCCUGGAAGCCAUCAUGAAUGGCAUCUUGCUCUUCUUCUGUGGCUCAGAGCUGCUGCUUGAGGUGCUCACCCUGGCUGCUCUCUCCAGGUACUGCUGCGGAGGGUCCAUUUCCUGUCCUCUGAGGGUUAGGUUCCUAUCCCAUCCCAGAGGGGGAUCCAUUGUACUUCUGAAGCCUGAGGGGUCUAGACAGCUUUUAAGGGGCAAAGUGAUGUCUAUGGGACUGCCUUUCUCACUCAGAUGGUUAACCUGCUUAGGGAAGAUGUUCUUGGGGGCCAAAAGAUGUGGAACUUAGAACAGCUCC